UUUGCGCGCCUUCCUUGUCUUCUCUCUCGUACCUGUUUUACUACUACCAUCCGUCUCCCCGUCUUUGCCAAUAAUACUUAUCCAUCGGCCACCCACUCGCAGCUCCUCCGAUCUGUUCUUAACAGCGACGGCUUAGCCUGACUAGUCCCGUUCACCCUCGUCUAUCAGCCCACAUUGCUUUUCAGCAGAAUCGAGCCCACCGACCCUUACCUAGUUUCAAAUGCAGCACGACGCCUUCAAAAAGUUUAGCAAGGACUUGCAGGAUGUACUCUCGAUUUCCGGCAGCUUUAUGAACAAGCAGGCAAGAAAGAUACCCUUUACUGUUGACAGAAAGAGAAAGUCCUCUAUGUCCCAAGCGAAUGUUGGCCGACAGACCAAAAAAGCCAUGGUUGACACCUGUUCACUCCAUGAGUACUCAGUCUCGAAUAUCACCAACGAGUCACCAACGACAGCGGAGUCUGCUAACAGUCAGCUCUCGUCGUUGCCAUCUGUCAAAGUUUAUCCAAGAGAAAGGCCACCUAUCAUUCAUUGCCCACCUUCGGCGUCCUCUGUGGAUCAAUUUUCUCCCCAGCGGCGAGGCUGGAUCCAGAAUUGGGCUAAUCCAAAUGCAAUGACGGAGCUGAAUAAUGUUUUAAAGUCUAGACAGGCAUGGGACACAAUCGAAAGCCAUCCCAACGAGCCCAUCGGACUCUUGUUUGUCAAGCUUAUUCAGGUCACCAAUAAGGCCUCAUCAAAGCUUUCUGACGUUGAGUGGAGUCUGCGUGUUAACAGUGUGGAGCGAACUUCAUACCCUACUCGGUCGUUCAAGGAUAACUCAGGCAAUACUGCGACAAUGAACGAAAUCUUUCUAUUCGACGUGAGUGAACCUUUUCAGCUGCAGAUGACAGUAGAGAGCAGCCCUGUACCUACAAAGUUCGGAACCAUGGCUGGGUUAUCCAACCCCCAGCCCUCCAUGCUUGGUCAGUUGGAGUUGUCCUUCUGCUUGGAACAAAUGGAAAAAUCAAUUCGUACCUACAAGCUGCGUCCACCUACCGCUGAAGAUUCGAGCAAGUCGAGUGCCAAACCAGACUGCGAGGUCGUGAUCAUGAUUGGACUUCACAUCCUUGAAGAACCCGUCCUGGAUCGAUCCUGGGAGACUGAAGUGCUAUACCAAGGCUUUUUGACGUUCAUGACCCGAGGAAGCGGACUGGCUUCAUGGAAGCGGUACUGGGCGGUCUUGGAGGGACGCGCCGUCAAAUUAUAUGAUGCCGAGUACCAACAGAAACGAGAUGUCAUAGCUGUCAUUCCCUUAGUCCACAUUCUGGGUGUUCAGCCCCCAGACUUGGAUAAGGUCGAUGUGGGUGCGAAUGGGUUUUCGAUGGUGGUGGAUCCGAAGGGAGUCGAUAUGAACACCUUGAGCUGCAGGGCCGAUCCAUCGGAGCUGGACUACAGCUUGUAUGCCUUUACAGAUUCGGCGCACUUGUACAAGAUAUGGAAUGCACACCUGGAAGACGCCCUAGACCAAUACCAGGAAAACAUGAUUUACCAGGAACGAAUCGUAAAAGCCAAGUUGGCCCGUCGAGCGAGCCAGAGUCUCUCGCGACAUUCGUUCGAGAGCAGCGCACCGCCAUCCCCCCUGGAGAUGGAGGGUGAGACGUUAGGGACAGACCUAGUAGAUCUGAAGUUUGUCAACACUCUUUCGUCCUUAAUGUGAGGAUAAAAAAAUAUGCGGCGGUGGGUGGGAUGUGUGCCAGGGCUGUUUGUAAGAAUAGGACAUGUGGGCCAAUGAGAUGCGAUUAAAAUUGGGUUUUGAACGUGGCUCGCUUCGUCUGGUGGGAACAAACGAGCCUUGGCCUAUGGAAGGUAAUAGAAACAAAAG